GUGAACACGAUCAACUUUGGGGUGACUGUGUUCACACUCUUUUCCGUGCCGGCCAUCUCCAAGUUCAUAGAAGACCGGCUUAUCCUCUGGCGCGAGCGCAGUACAGGCCUAUACUCCACGUCUGCGUACUACAUGUCUAUAGUUACAGUGGAGACUCUGUUGCUGCUGGUGAUGACGGUUGUGUACUCGAGUCUGUGCUACUGGAUGGCUAAAAUUGGGAGCUAA